AUGAUCCACAGCUUAGCCUACAGGAAUGGUAAAAGCCAGUCAUUUGGCUUUCUGCGCGAAAGCAGUGCAGAUUAUGCGGAAUAUGCUGUGAGAGAAAAUGGCCGGUUGUUUGCAAUAUUUAAGGCGGGUCCUACCACUUCUCAAUUAUGCCAUGAACAACACUCUAGCCCUCCAAGAACGGUGACACAUGGCCAUACGACAUUUCACUCUGUGAAAGCCUAUAAGUCUUCAUACACACCACGAAUUCAGCCCCAAGAACCUCCGCAAGAAACCGUCCAAGAACUCCCCCAAGAAUCCCAGCAGAAACACCCCCAGGAAACCAUCCAUGAAACCAUAGGGGAGCACGCCCAGACACCCAUUCAGGGAUGCCCUCAGGAUAUUCCUGUUGUGAGGACUUCAGCAGCUUCAAACACGCCUACACAAUCUCCAAAAGUCACAACGACCCGACCUCGCAAUAAUGCAUCUAAGUCACAAAAUUCAGACAGAAAGAAACGAACAGGAAGGAUGCGCCGCAGUAUGUCUGUGUUGAACGCCAAUCGAGAGGUUGAAACCAGAACCCUCUCACAAUCCCCCCCAUAUGAAACUGGGGUUACAGGCCCCCGUCGGUCUGGCCGGUCGAAAAAUACGCCAGUCACUUAUAAUUUGCGUGUGCUGACGGGCCUCGCCCGUGAGGAAUCCCCAAAUGUGACAUCUGAACAAGAGUCGUUAUCUAGGGCCUGUGACCCAUCGUCGAUUCUUCUGAAUUCACCGCCAGUCUCCGCCACGCUGAAAGCAACUCCCCGAGUCACCUCUAAUCUUCAAAAGCUCUUAUUGAAUCGAGGAAUGCACGGCCGCGAGCCCAGUCGCAAGAUUCAUGCCGAGGUGACUUCGGAUUUCAGACCUUGGAAGUCCUGGAAAGGUGCAUCGAACGAUGUUGUGACUCUCGCCUGGUCGCCUGAUGGGACGAAGUUUGCGGCAGGAGCAUCAGCUCACUCUGAUGAGUACAAUCGGAAAUACAACCUACUUCUGGGUGAUCUUGUUGAUGGAACUUUACAUGAACUUCCCGACCAUUGGACUCGUCGGCCCUCAUUAUCAGUUGCCACUGAUGAACGGCUUUAUAGCAGUGUGACUAGUAUGCAGUGGGCUGGUGACCGUCUUUAUACCGCAAGUUAUGACAAUACAGUCAAGAUCUGGGAUGUUGGAGGUCAUAAGCAUCCGUCAUGUCUUCGAACAUUGAAGCAUGACUCCAAGGUCGUCGUCAUGAGUCUUUCAAAGUCGAUGCCAAACUUAAUUGCCACCGGAACCAAUAAAUUCCGUCUGUGGAAUGUCCAGGAGGGCCAAGAGACCACUUCGCAUAAGCUAGAUAUUCUUCGGGAUCCUCGCCAAAAGGACGUUGAUCUGGUACCAACUGCUCUUGCAUGGGGCCAUACUGCGCAAACAAAACAUUUUCUUAUUGGUGGCAUGGCGGAACGAAUGCAUGAUGAAUAUAAAGUCCCUCAGUGUGGUCAUCUGGGUAUGUGGGAAAUUGGAGAAUCUUCUGUCAGGCCGCGGAAACUGAGUCCCGACUCACAAAAUGUCUUUGACUUCAAAUGGCACCACUCUUUACCUAAGUUUGUUGCUGCGAGCACUUACAGCCAGGCAAUGCAUCUGCCUUACAAGACACGAACAGUUGUACAGGUUUAUGACUGUAAAACCAACGAUAUCAAGGUCACUAGCCGAUUCUCUUGUACAGCAGCAGAUAUAAACGAAACGGACUUUUGUCCAAUGGACUCAUCCUACAUUUCAGCCAGUUGCACUGAUGGUCAAACAUAUGUAUGGGAUGUCCGAAAUCCUGACAAGCUCGUCCAUCGUUUAUCACAUGGCACUCCACUUCAACCACUUACUCAUGAAUAUCCUCGGGAGUUCACUGAUUAUGGAGUAUCCGUCGCUCUAUGGGGUGCAACGAUCGAUCAGUUUUAUACUGGUGGCUCUGAUGGCUUCGUGAAACAGUGGGAUAUUCGUCGAUCCCCAGAGGAUGUAUUGGUUGCCGACGUUGCUAGCUUUGACGAGGGAAUCACCAGCGGUGCCUUUUCAGCAGACAAAACUCAUAUCCUAAUUGGGGCACACGGCGGUGCCAUUCGGGUAUUAUCCUGUGGGCCUUCAGAUCCUGAGAAUACCGGGUUCAAACUUGAGGAUGCUCAUGAGCCAGCUGCGCCGGAACUUUCAGGCCGUGAAGCUAGCAAUGCACUUCUCUCCAAUGCCGAGAUUGAAAGGCAUCCAAAAUACGGCCCAGGACAAGGUCCCAACUACAAAGGCCCUUAUGCUCGGUGGGCACGAGGUCUCGAAGAUAAGACACCGCUUGAGGACACUAUCAAUGUGCCUUUGGAAGAUGAGGUCCUAAUGCAACAGCUUGAUGCCCCACAGGUGCAAAGCACGAUGAUUGACCCGAGCCUUCUUCAAGACCUCGAGAUGCGAAGACGGCUUGUUCAAGUACGGAAUGCUCUACUUGCUCCUGUCAAUCAAAAGGUUGCCUUGCCACCAAAGAAAACUACAAUUCGCGUUCAGCGCCGGAGUGACAGGCCUCCAGGUUAUCAAAGGGAACUGAAGAGGAAGAAAAACGAAGAUGUCCUUCGUAGGGAAAUAAAGCGAUUUCGACAGUCGGAUAUUACAGAAGUCAUUGAUUUGACUCUGGACUUGACUGAACCGCCACCUACAGCAACUCCUCAGGGUCUCAUCUUGCCUUCGACCUCAACAUCCACACCUGAGCCACACCCCAGAUCGUCUCCCGGCCCUUCCAUCGACCUCGAGGAGUUGGAAAACAGUUCCGAGGAUGAUUACUGGUGGCCAGAUAGUGGUCUUUAUGACGCGAAUAUCUGUGACAGUGACUGA